AUGUUGGAGGAUUUUUGCUUCAAGAUCUUUGGUCCUGGAAAGAAGCUGGGCAGUUUAAUUAUGUUCACUAUGUGUCUACUGGUGAUUACUUCCACAGUCAGCAUGCAGCUGUUCUGCUUUUUCCAGGCACUAGAAAAGGAUUUUAAUCGUUUUUCAACCUUCCCCAUGGCCUUCAUGUCUAUGUUUCAAAUUCUGACACAGAAGGGAUGGGUGGCUGUCAUGCACGAUACAAUGGACGUUGUCGAGUCCAAAUCCGUGAUCCUCGGGGUCGCUGUGUAUUUUCUACUCUACCAUCUGUUUGUCACCCUAAUCGUGCUUAGCCUCUUUGUUGCUGUCAUAUUGGACAACCUUGAGUUAGAAGAAGACAUAAAAAAAUUGAAACAGGUGAGACGAUUCUUGAAAUGGAAAUGUUUCAAGGAUAUUUUCUUCUCUUGA